AUAAAAAGGUAACCCCAUUGUCUUGUCUUGCACAAAUUACAAAAGGUUACUAGAGAGAUAUUCGUAACAAGACAUCAAAGAAGCAAAUAAACGUCAUGAUAACAGUAGCCAUCGCCGCCGAGUUGCUUGAAGAAUACACGGUGGCUCUCGCUCGCAUCACCGCCACACUCCUCCCUCCACCACCGACAAGUCGCCGUCGAAGCGUUCGAGCUCCCACUAGUGGCGGCCGUGCUGAUUCUUCCUUGCCUCGUAACGACAUCUCAUCAUCAUGCGCUCCAAAUUACGCCGCUUUUGUCUUGAAUUUCUGAGUAUUUAUUUCUUUUGUAUAGACGAAGAGAUUUUCGAAUUUUCUUCUUCUUGACUGUACUUUCGGAUUAUGCUUGUGUUAUUAAAUUGGAACUUUCCAUUUAUUU